AUGUCCCCGACGUGGUUCCAACUGAUCCUCCCGCCGACGCCGGGGCAAGCGGAGCGCCAGGACACGAGCAGCGUGGACAUCAUCCCGAGGCCAAGGGAGGAGUUCGACAGCGAAAAGGCAGCAACCGGCCGGCUGACCGUCAGCCCAACCAGCGGCGUGGACCUCGAGACGGUCUUCGACUGCGAAGGCGGCGAGUUCGAGGUGGUCUGGUCCGGGGAGGCCAAGGACUCUACUGUACUGGUCGAAGGCUGCUUGUUCGACACGUGCUAUGCCUCCAAGAAAGGGGGCGGCCUUAUACAGGAAUCGGGACAGCUGUCGGUGGUGGGCUCCUUGUUCUACAACAACACCGCCGGGAGCAACAACGAGGAGUCUGAGGAUGCGAUAGGAGAGGGUGGGGCGGUGGCGUUGGUCGCUUGCACGCACUCCUCCGAUACGCCGGCGGCGGCGUCCUGCGAGUUUCGAGACACGGUCUUCUCCGGCAAUUCUGUGGCGGAAAAGGGCGGUGCGCUAGCGAUCGCGGCGGGGGAUGAUGACAAUCGCCCAACGGUGGAGCUUCACGGGUGCGUGGUUAGGAACAACACGGCCGGGAAGGCGCUGUCGGACGACCCUCAGGGCGAAGGAGGCGCGAUUGUGGUGGGCGGGGGGUGCGCGCUCCUCCUGUCGGACUGUCUCCUCGAGAAGAACUGGGCCGGAAAGAAGGGCGGGGUGGUCAACCUGUCGGGAGGGGACAACUGGGACGACGACCCCGGUGCCGUUCUCGUCGUGCAAGACUCAAGCUUCGUGUCCAACACGGCCCUGCUCAACAACGCCGGCGGGGUGACCAUGAACAAGUUCACCAACACCACCAUCGUCGGGCAGGGUAACGUGUUCUACGGAAACAGGUGCGCCCAGGGCGGCGCCGCGAUCGGGGCGGACUACAAUUCCAUCAUUACGGUCGAGGGGGGAACCUUCAUCGGCAACGAGGCGGACAUGGAGACUGAAGAGGAAGUCUGGCAAAAAGGCGAGCAGAGCGGGGGAGUGCUUUGGACGAGGGGCAACAUCUCCGUCCUGGGUGGGCACUUUUCCAACAACUCGGCUAAGAAUGGCGGAGUGAUUCAAGGCAGCCUUAAAAGCAGCGUGGUGGUCGAAGGAGGCACGUUCGAGAACAACGUGGCCGAGAACGGCGGCGUGGUUUACGUCGUCGCAGACGGUUCUUUGGCGUUCAACGGGGGCCUGCUGCAAGGAAACAAUGCAAGCAACGGAGGGGGCGCGUUCUUCGCCGAGAGCGGUGCAGACAUCGAGAUAACCGGGGGAACCUUCAUCUCAAACAAGGCCGACUUCGGAGGGUUUCUGUACAAAGCGGGCGAGGGCAAUGCCGCUUGCUCGGGAGCGACAGUUCUGCAGCACGAGGGCGUCGAUGGCGGCGCGAUCUACGCCGUCGAUGGCGCGAAUCUGGAGUGGGAGUGCCACCUGAGGGAGAACUCUGCGCUGAUCGGGCCCGCCAUCUACGCCCGCGACAACGCGGUCGUGACUCUUAGCGGCGUCGAGGUGUCAGACAACUUCGUCACUCGCGGCAGCGCCAUUUUCGUUGUCAACAGCGAGCUCAUCACGUAUCAGGUGGUCGUUAACGACACGUCGGAGAACCCCGACUUAUCUGCUGUGCAGACCGACAGACUGUCUACGUAUACAGCUGAAGACACCUCGUUCGUGGGCUUCGCUGGCGAGGUGGUCGUUUACAGUGAAGGGGGGCUGUACCUUGACGAGUGCGACUUCAGCGGCAGCUCGAGUGCGGUGCUGGUCUACGCGGAAAAGGAAGACGCCACCGUGAUCCGGAACGCUAUGCUAGGAGAAAUGAACUACAAAACCAUCGCCGAGGAAGCGUCAGAAAUGUUGCAGCUGCCGAGCGCCGACAGCUUCAUCAACCUGAACCUGACGUGCAACUCAUCGUCGGCGGUGUCACCUUGCGGCGAAGGGUCGUGGUGUCUCGAGGGUGACCUCGGCGUCUACUGCGAGCACUACCAGCUCAGAUCCACCAUGGAAGAGGUGUGCGCCAGUGGAGACGUGGACGCGCUGACCCUGACUCUGAUCCAAGACACCGAAUCCCAACCAACCUUCUACCCGAGCUUGCUCGAAAGAGAGCUGCAACUGUCGCUGGCGCCUUCCAACACAACCAACGCAGACGACGACGACAUCGCCACCAGCAGCAGGAGCUGUGUCGGCGCUAGCCGGGUGGCGUGGAGCGUGUCGGGGCUGUGGCCGUCCUCAGAGGGCGAGCAGGACGACUGGACGGUUUUCCCAUCGACAGGCUUGCUGCUCCCAGGGGAGAGCGUUCGUUUGCACCUUGUGAGUCAGCCGAACGACGCAUUUAACGGCCUCGCCAACAUCACCAUCCGAGCGAACGACAUCACUGCCCUGUCCACAACGGCGUCCAUCCUGGCGAGCAACGCAGAGCCUCAGAGUGAAGGCGGUGACGUCACGAUCAGCGUGGAGUACUAUUUCUGCGAUGAGGGUAACUUCUGGAACUCGAGCGUCUCGGGGGCAGAUCUCGACCCCACCGUGGCGUGCACGCUCUGCACCGAGUCCAUCGAUGGCGCUAUUGAGGGGGUGGACUGCGCAUCCGCCGGCGCUACAACGACGGAGCUUCCGAUCAAGGCAGGCUACUGGCGGGCUAACGUCACUUCCCUCACGAUUCGCGAGUGCUUCAACGAGGGGGCUUGCAAGGGAGGGACGACCGUCGCAGAAGUGCAGGACUACUGCAACGAGGGCUACGUAGGACCUCAGUGUGCUGUGUGCGACACAGGCUUCGGAAAGGGUGUGGCGGACGAGUGUCACUCGUGCACUGCAGGCUUCAAGGGAGGCAUGUAUUUCCUGCUAGCCGUGCUGCUGGUGGCUAUGGUCGUGGUGGUCGUGCUUCUUGCGAUAUACCUGGUGGGAGGCAAGAGGGCCGUGUCUUCCACCGUGGUGAGCACCAAGGAGUCCGCCCUCAGGAUCCAGCAUCGCGGAUCCGUCCUCCUCACACGCUCGGUUGGCAGCGUUGGCAGGGCUCGAUCAGACUUUGGCGACCUGACCGAGGGCCCAUCGGUCGAGAGCUCCGCCGUUUCAACGAAAGCGCGGGGCGCACAGGGCAAGGCCGCUCCGACGGACGUCUCGGUUGGCCAAAGCCGCGGCCAGGGCACCGGCGGGUCUGGAAACGACAAGGACGACGACGACGCGCGCCCGACGAGAGUCGCGAACCUGUUGGCCGCGCUCCCGCUGUCCAAGCUGAAGAUCGUCAUAGACAUCACCAAGGCGCCGUUCCCACCGAUAUACGAGAAGUUUCUGUCUAUCAUCGGAAUUUUUUCCUUCGACCUGGGCUGGAUUCUGUCGGCGGCGUGUCUGACCACGGGCAUUGACUUCUACGACAAGCUUCUGAUCGUGACGAUCGGGCCGCUGGUGCCCCUCUUCUUCCUGGGGAUUACCUUCUUCGUGGGGUCGCGGCCGGCGAAGGAAACAAACAUGAGUCCUAACGCUACCGCUGGCGGUGCUGCUGCUUCGGGAGGCGGGGGGAGGGAGCUGGAGGAGGGCAGGGUGCAAGGCGCCUCUUCGGGCUCGACGACGAGCGUGACAUCGAAUCGUGGAGCAGCAGCUCGCGGACCAUCGGUUCGGAGCGCCCUGAGGGCUAAGUCGGGGGACCCGAAAAAUCCCGAGCAGCAACGUCUUUGGGGACUAUUCGCCCGCCACACCACGAUAAUGCUCAUCGUGCUCUACCUCGUCUACACCCAGAUUUCGACCGUGGAACAAAAGAUGUCCGUUCGCGACAAAGAUCAGAGCAUCGCCCCGACGUCCUUCCUCUGGAACGCUUAUUUCCCUAAGUGCUACUACUACGAGGUUUUCGAGUGCAUCAGGCGUUUGCUGCUGACCGGAAUCUUGGUGUUUCUUGUGCCGGAUACGCCGGGACAAGUCGCCUUCAGCUGCAUCUUUGCCAUUCUCAGCCUCAUGGUUUUCGAGCUUCUACGGCCUCACGUCAACAAUCUUGACAGACAGCUCUACCGGACGGGGUGCCUCGUCAUCCUGUUCACCAACUUCUUGGCGCUGGUCAUCAAGUCGGGUGCAGCAGACAAGGACUCAAGUGGCAGCGCCGCGUACUCUGUGGCACUGGUCAUCGUGAACAUAAUGUUUUUCUUGUCCAUCUGGUUCAACGCUUGUACCACGGCGAAGGCGAUGUUCAGCAGGAGUCACGCGCAGGACAUGCUUCUCGGUGUAGAUAUCGUUGACGAGAGCACGAUCAACCAAGUGCUCGGCCCUGAGAAGAGGAAGACCAAAGAGCCGAGCGGAACGGCCUGCGGAGAUGCCAAGACCGAGGACGGGGAGGAACGCCCGUUUUGGGACGACGCCUCGACCUCGGCGUUGCACUCGACGGCCGGGGGCAAUGCCGGCGACAAGCGUCCGUUCCCGGUUUUGGCUGCUGCUGCGUCGAGCCAGGGGUCUUCCGUUGGAGGCAGCCUGCGGACCGUUUUGUCGAAGAUGGCGGCUAGCCCGUCCGAAGUGUCCGCCUCUGAAGCACCGCUUCGCCGCGUCUCGGUAGACGAGCGCCUUCCGACGGCGUCUGUGGGGCUUGUGCCUCUUGAGCCGACCGCUGAAGGGGUGCCACCAACGGCGUCGUAG